AUGAAUCCGUCGGUGUCGUCAGUUCCGUAAAGCGUUCCUCUUGGCAUAAUUAAGGAACAGGAUAGAGGAUUAUUUGUGUAGAGACAGAAGAAAAACCUUGUUAGACUUUAAAUUGACAUGACACACAGAUAUUUGUAGAUAACAGCGCUGCGUUGUUUGCCACUUGUGUUUUUUUUUUUCCUGGUACGGACAAAAAGAGCAAACCAGUCUCCAGCCGCGCGUGUAUUGGGAUGCACUGCCGCUAGCUUGAUAUUAGCUCUCUCGCUAGCUUCCAGAUCAGCUCUGUUUUCACGACGGGACCAAAUACACCACACCGUGCACUAUGACAGACAGCAUUAUGAGUAAAGCUGCCACAAUGGAGAUUCCUAUCAACAGUAAUGGCGACACAGGAACACUACCAGAAGACGACAGCCUUGAACAGGCUGCAAAACUGCAGUGGAGCUUAGAUGAGAAGGUAGGGAGCUCCAGAGGCACCAGGGACUUACAGCAGGUGAUGGUAUCAGGUCCAAAUCUCAACGAGACUAGCAUUGUGUCUGGGGGUUAUGGAGGAGCUGCAGAGGGUAUCAUCCCCACCAGCUCAAUCAAAGGCCCCGCAGUGCGCUACAAUGCUGAGUUUAACAAAAGGAUCCCAGUUCAAGGAUUAGGUUCCAACAUGCACCACAGCAGCAGCAGCUCGUCAAUGAUGGCUGAAGAAGCGACCCGCGGUGUGGCUGUAGAAAAGCUAGAAACAGUGAAGAAGUGGGGUCUUAACACUUACAAGUGCACAAAACAAAUGAUCUCGGAGCGUUUCGGCCGUGGUUCCCGGACUGUGGACCUGGAGCUGGAGGCCCAGAUUGAGGUGCUGAGAGACACUAAAAGGAAAUAUGAGAAUGUGCUGCGAUUGGCCAGAGCGCUCACCAACCACUUCUACAACAUGGUGCAGACGCAGCACGCGCUGGGAGACACCUUCGCUGACCUCAGCCAGAAAUCUCCAGAGCUUAGGGAUGAAUUUGGCUACAAUGCAGAGACUCAGAAGUUGUUGUGUAAGAAUGGAGAGACUCUUCUUGGUGCCAUUAACUUCUUUGUGUCGAGCAUCAACACAUUGGUCAACAAGACCAUGGAGGACACCCUGAUGACCAUCAAGAUGUAUGAAAAUGCCAGGCUGGAGUUUGAUGCCUACCGGUCAGAUCUGGAGGAGCUCAGUUUGGGCCCGAGGGACGCUGUGGCCAUGGCCCGCAUAGAUGCUGCUCAGCAACAGUACCAGGUCCAGAAGGACAAGUAUGAACGCCUCCGCUCAGAUGUCAUCAUUAAACUCAAGUUCCUGGAGGAGAAUAAGGUGAAGGUGAUGCACAAGCAGCUCCUUCUCUUCCAUAACGCCAUCUCAGCGUACUUUGCUGGCAACCAGGAGCAGCUGGAGCAGACGCUGAAGCAGUUCAACAUAAAGUUGAGGCCUCCAGGGGCCGACAAGCCCUCCUGGUUAGAGGAGCAGUGAGCAGCCUUUCUUCUUGACCACCUCCACCUGUUACCUGUUGAAACCCCCUUACUUACAGAGGGAAACACAUGCAGAUAAAUGAAAGGAUGACGAUGAGCAUGUGGCUAGAUGAUUGGACAGAUGAAGGAGGAUUGGACUGAUGAAAUGCAGGGUAUUACUGACGAGUGGGCUAAAUGCAGCUGGAAACCAAGUGGCCAGAUUCAUGAACAGUCUGGGGGCUUUUAGUGCCUCUCCCCAAACUUCCUAUUUGUCACUCUGAACCUCUUCGAGCUUUGAACCCAGAGAAACCAUUCAUCUCUACCUUCCCUCCCUCCUAAUUAACUCCACCCCCCCUCCCUUCUAUCUCAACACUAUUUUGCCGUGUGAGCUUGUUUCAGUCACGUUCACAGUCAUUACUGUACUCCAUGAGUGUUCACAGUGCUCUGAGUUAAACCUCAACCAAACAUGUUCUUGUGACCACAGAUGGAGAAGAGAAAGGAAAACUGGCGACACAGUUAAAACCUGCUCAGAUGUACCAAAACACUACUUCCAAAACUCCUCCAGACAUUAUCACUCUUCCAGUGUGCCUCCUCAUGUAAGAGCUAGUUUACUUAGAUUGCAGCCUGCAGGAAGAAAAGUACGAUCAGACAAACAUUUCAAACCAUUAGUGAAGGGCAUUUGUGCGGUACACUGGAAUGGAAUGUCUAGACAUUACCAAUCAAUGUACAUUUCAAAUUAAGUAAUGUGUCACUUUGAAAUAACUGUUAUAUUUUUGUGUUUAAUUAUGAGAAUAUUAUUUUAUUCUGUUCUUAAUUUGACUAUCAUCUCUGAAAGUUUAUGCUUAUUUUAGUUCUAGUCAGAUGUUUGUCUUGUGCUUAAGAGUGGAGUGCAGUUUACUGUUUAGGCAACAUGUGCUUGUGUUUUACACUCCAGGUACCGCAGUGCUUAGUCUGUAGUCAUCAGAAAUGCUACAGAUUUGAAAUCGUAGCCGGAAAAAUCUGACUCUUUAUGCAAUGAUCAUAUAAGGAACACUGCCACAGCUUCACAAACUAACACAGGUUUGGGUCUUCAGUUAUUUUUUUAAGCUAAUUUAGCCCCCAAAAUGGAAAAAAAAAGCUGUUUAUAGGAAGCUUAACCCAUGCUACAAGUUCAUUGAUGAUCUGGGUUUCACUGUGAACUGAGGAGACGGUUAUCUACUGAAGAUAGGUAGGUCUGUUAAGAUCCAACAAACUUGAAUGGAUUGGAAUCAAUUAAUUAAUUAAUUAAUUGUUGCGUGAUGACAUUGACAUGUGUUUUUGUCUUUUUUCAUUUGUUUAUCUUUUAGAGUUAAUAAGGAACAUUUCAUUGACAUCCAGGUUCAAAUCUUUCAGUCCUCUUAAAAUAAUAUGCUUGUCUAAGAUGAUCUUUCUUCACACUGAAGAUUAUAUAGUAGUUGUCUAAUAUUACUAAUCCUAAUAAUUCAACAUCAAAUCUUGUAAAUGAGUAGUUUGGGAAUGGGAUAAGACUAAUAAUACAUGAUUGUUUAGAUCUUGUGAAAUGUCAUCUUAAGAUACUGGUAGAACACAAUCAUCAACACUUGACAAUAAGGGGACGGUUUUACCACAGAAUAUCUCCAUGGUACUACCUACGUAAUGUUCAAUGUAAUCAUCACUGUUUUUCUAUGUUUCUGUUUGUUAACUGGGUGGAGUAAACAUAUUGUACACUGCAAUGUAUGAUUGUUUUUGUUUUUUUACAAAUGACUCAAUUUGAGUAUGACAUAACUGAGUUCAGCAGAAGACACACUUAGGUGAAAACAUGCCUCAGGAUAACUGUAUCUUUAAUGGAUAUCUUUCCAAAAAUGAUUUUAAAUGAACUGAUUAAAGAGUGUUAGCGUUUACUAGUGUUGAACAUAUGAAGAUAAUCCAGGUCAUUGAAUGUUCAAUCAUGCUGAAUUGGACUCAUGAGAGCAUCUGGAAACAGAACGGAGAGCUCUAUCAGUUCAUGAGUUAGUCCUCCUGCUUAUUGUCUCCUCUGUAUUUGCAUGGUAGGCAGCGUUCCAAAGUACAUGUGCAGAUAUGUGUGAAUGCACUGUCGCUCUACUCUUGGCCUUCUGCGUCCUGGUUCGUACAUGAUGCUUAAAAGUUUCUUGAUUUCAAUUUUAAGACUGGCUGACAAACUAUAAAAGACAGUGAAAUGAAAAUGGAUCUCAGAAAAUUAUUGUAAUUUUUUGAUUCGUUUGACUUGUGUUUAUUGGACUUGUAUGUACCAGUGUGUAAAAUGAGUGUAUUUCAAUUCCAGCUGAGAAAGUCACUCAGUCACUUGGCUUUACAUAGAGCUAAAAUGAUUUGCCAGUUUUUGGUCCUUUUGACCACCACACAGCAAUAUAAAAAGAAAAAUGUGACUCCUCUUUUCCAAACCUGCUCCUUUGAAAUUUACCAAAAUGUAUGGCAAUAGGAAUUUUUUUCUUGUUCUGUAGAUGUGAAACCUCCAGUUAAUUGAAAAAAAGAACAUUUACUUGUGGCAUUUAAAGCCACUCUUACUAGUCUAGCCUUUACGUUGUUGCCUAGAGAGAACCAAGAUUUAUAAAAUGAGAUAUAUUGUUUGUGUACAAUCAAUGUUUUCUAGGCUGAGCUGAUGUAUCGUACUCAAUGAAUGACUGCACAUAAUUAUAUUUAAGAUGAUAAAUGAAGUCUUGUCAUGGAUUGAUGUGAUUCUCUGCCUUCAUUCCUCACUCAGACCUGAAAAGUCCCACCUUAACACCCCCCCCCCCCCAGGGAACAAAA